AUGAAAGCUGUAUUCAUCCUAGCUAUUCUUGCCUGCGCCUUGGCCCUAGCAUACGGUGACCUUGUUUGUGGCAGAAACUACUGCGAGAAACAUCCCUGCACCUCCACUAAACCCACACCCACCAGCUGUAGUUCACCCUCAAUCUACCGCGCUAAGCACGCCGGCAAAUGCGCCUGCUGUCCAGCUUGUGUAACCUUACUAGCUGAAGGCGCGGCUUGCAAGACCUACAGCAAAGAGCUAGGGGAAACACCAUCCGCAAUCUGCCGUGACCAACUCACUUGCUUGAAAGGAGUUUGUACCAGAGUUCCUCCCCGUGCUUAA